CAUAGCAGCUAAACGUAAACGAAACGAAAGAAACGAGUUUGGGAAUCGGUUGGGGAAUUUUAAGUUUUAAGGCUUUUAUGUAUGGAUUCUUAAAAGUAAAUUAUACAAAAUGGGUGCAAAUGUCGGUCUGAAAGUGUUUAUACCGAUAUUAAUAUUGGGAGUGGCUUCGGUAUGUUCAGAGUGUACAAUUCCGAUUGUAUUACGAAAUACUUGGUUUUCUUUUGAAAAUGGAAAGCAAACUAUUACUGACAUCAACGCAAGCGACAUGACCGGAAGGGGAGUCUGCCAAAAUAUUAAAGCCGAUUUUCACGUAAACUACACUAUGGUCUUCAAAUACACAAAUUGUUACUACUGUGUGAAGCUCAUUGUGAGGACUGUUAAUGUUCUGGAGAAGUUUGAGACACCCUGUGUCGAUCUGGCGCUGGAUGAGGAACCAACGGUUGAAAGAGUUUGCAGGGGUUUGAGAAAUGACCAGCAGCUAAUUACACUGUUUUCUGAGAACUAUAUACCAGUGAAUUGCCGUUCAUCAUUGGAAGGGGUGUGGACAUUUGGCUUCCAGAACCGCUUCAGGUUCACAGGAGAGUGCACCCACCCAGACGCUCAGAUCAGGUCCUGUCAGACGGCCGGAACUCAGUUCUUGAUCACCAACCAGAAAUUCAACAUCACUUACAGAAAAUGCCCUGGAAUGUCUGGAACUUUUGAUGGAGUAGUGGAGUACAGUUGCUUAGGGCAUUGGUUUGUCGGUAAGAACCAUUUCUUCGCUGUGGCCAACACCAAAGAAUCUCGAAAAGAUGAGAGAUAUCGCUGCUUCCUUAAAAACAGAGAUGAUGACUUAUAUCUUGGCGCCUCAAUUACUCCGGAAUGUAAUGCUCUGAAGACUGUUGAAAAGUCCCCAGAGAGAUAUAAAGUCACUCCUGUAAAGUCUGAAGUUGUUGAACCUGGUUGUCGACUACCUCAAAACUUUUCUGGAGACUGGAUCAACACAGCCAACAUUGAUGCAGAUGUGUUUAUAAAUGAAACACACAUCAUAGAAACUUACUACCCUGACGAGGAUAGAUACAGAAGGACUAUCUAUGUGUGCAGGGAACAGCGUGACAGCAGAGUGAUGAUGGCUCGUCUUACCGUGGAUGGCUGCCAGAAAGAUUAUGUAUGUUUCGACUUUGUACCACAACAUCACAAUAUAAUAAGAUACCGCAAAGGUCUAGCUAUGAUUCAGAGUAAUUUCCAUACAGUCUGUUCAUGGGUGCAGUUCCCUAAUAAGAAGCAAUGGCGCUACGACCUUUUCCUUAAGAAAGACCCGUCACCCAUCCGCUGCCCUGUUGCUGGAAAGUUCAACUUUACUCAAAGAGGCGAUGUCAGAUUUGAGACUAGAAUCCUAGGUGGUGUCACAUUGAGUCCUCGUCCAAACCUGUACUGCAAACUGAACAUAAGUGACUUCUCUGUCUGUGAUACAGACCAAAAGACUAUACAAAUCAAAGAAAAUUACUGCCUCUCAGUGGACUACCUGGGCCGACCGGUGGAUAUCUACAGUGACCCUGACUAUAAAAUGAAGUGCAUUGGCUACUGGAAAGAAAAUUUGAAGUCUUAUCUUAUUACAUAUGACGAGUUGGAUCCUUUCUCCAAGUACAGAUGUUGGGUGUAUCAGCGGGCUGAUCUCAAUAGAAUAUUGAUGUCUCAGGCUAUAGGGCCUUUCUGCGAUCUCAAACAAGACGUGACGUCCUGGAACUACACAGAGGGCGCCGCAGUCGCCGUCGAGAUGGAGGAGUACGAGCGCGAGCGCGACCAGUGCCCCAUGCACUUCGACGACGGCAGCGACCCCUGGACCACCAAAGAGAACUUUAUCAAAAUAUUCAAGUUCAGUUACUCCUUCUGGAGGAGUAAUGACGCAACAUUCCUAGCUUUAAGCUUUAAAACGUUUAUACUGGCAGUUCUUAUUCGACUCUUAUAAUAUUUAGUACAAUAUCAAACUGUGUUUAGUGUUGUGAUAGAUCACAUGACAUCAAUUAAUGUAAUUUUUAUAAUUGGCACUUAGACAUAUUGAAUUUUAUCUUUGAAUGAACAAUCCUGUAAAAUUAUAUGAAAUCCAAAUUGCGCAUAAGAAUAGCUUGGAACCACUUAAUUAUGAUGAUACUUAAUUUAUUUUUCUU